CUCUGUGGAAUAGCAAUUACCUAAUUUACCGGUUAAACCAGUAGUUUCACACUAUGACUUCCUAGUUCCCAUGAAUCAGUUCCGGUCAUACUCGAUUCUCUCUGCUCUCCUUCUUCACUUGCUUCUUUACUCAGCCAUUUGAUCAUCGAUUUCCUCUCUUUUCUUAAGGUGAUUGUAUUCCUCUAUGACUAGUUUCGGGACCUUACCGGUGUUGAAAUGAAGGGUGCGAAGGGAAAGGGGACAGUGAAGGACAAAAAAGAAGUGUUGAAGCCUGUAGACGACAAAAGGGUUGGAAAGCGGAAAGCGGCUACUAAGACAGAAAGCAGUAGCAAAAAACAGACGAAAAAGGGAAAGUUGGCCAGCAAAGACCCUAACAAACCAAAGAAGCCCGCUAGUGCCUUUUUCGUGUUCAUGGAGGAGUUUAGGAAGACUUACAAACUAGAGAACCCUGACGUGAAAGGCGUAGCAGCAGUUGGGAAAGCUGGUGGGGAAAAGUGGAAGUCCCUUUCUAAUGCGGAGAAAGCCCCGUAUGAAGCUAAAGCUGCCAAAAGGAAAUCCGAAUAUGAAAAGGUCAUGGCUGAUUACAACAAAAAAACAGGAAAGUAUCGCUGAUGACGAUGAGGAGGAAUCUGAUAAGUCAAAAUCUGAGGAAGAUGAAGAUGAUGACGACGAAGAUGAGGAUGAUGAUUGAGUUGAGGGUGCUAUCUAACUUCAGGAGUUAUGGUAAAUCCAGGCUAUUGACUCUGGAUUUUGUAUGAUCAUACCUUAAGUUGUGUGUGGUUGCCUUUUAAUGUGGAAAGAAAUGCAGCUAUACCGCUGACUUGUUUCAUGUUAGGUUCACUUGUGUAUUUGUGAAGCAUGUGUAUCUUAUAAAGAUAUCAUGUAUGAAUGGUUCAUAACAAUAUCACCCUCUUUCCGUUUCCUCCAAGUUCAAAUAUAUUUGGAUGUUAAUCGUCA